AUGGUUCGUAAUCCUUUAGCAAAACACCUGGAGUUUGCCCAGAGGAAGUCUCUCAUCGCCACCAGCCUGAUCGUGGUGGUUUCGCUCUUUGUGGUUGUGGUGAACUUCUCGCAGAAGCCGUACUUCCUCCUGCAGCCUGUGUUCGGUCAGACGUUCGGCAACCACUGGAUGUUCUCCAAGCAGUCAUACAAGGCUUUCAAGCCUCACCUGGGCUACGUCAGCAUCCCAAAACAGGAGCCGUUGAAGCUGAACUGCGAGCUGUGCAGCAUCGUGUCCAGCUCCGGUCAGAUGUUGGGCCAGGCUGCCGGCGCGCAGAUCGACCGCUCGCCCUGCAUCUGGCGCAUGAACAACGCUCCCACGCGAGGGUUCGAAAACGACGUCGGGCGGCGGACCACGCUCAGGGUCGUCUCUCACACCAGCGUGCCGCUGCUGCUGCAGAAGCCGCAGCACUUCUUCGGCCAGGGCAACGACACCGUGUACGUGGUGUGGGGGCCGCUGCGGAACAUGAGGAAGGACGGGAAGGGCAUCGUGUACAACAUGCUGCGGCAGGCGUCGGAGAACUACCCGCACGCUCGCAUCUACGCCACCACAGAGGACCGGAUGAACUACUGCGACAUGGUGUUCAAGAAGGAGACGGGCAAAGACAGGAUUCAGUCCGGCUCGUACCUGAGCACCGGCUGGUUCACACUCAUCCUGGCCAUGGACAUGUGCAAAGAGAUCCACAUCUACGGCAUGAUAAACGACACCUACUGCAAGACUGAGGGCUACAGGCAGGUUCCCUACCACUACUACGAGGCGGGCAGCCGGGACGAGUGUGCAGAGUACCAUCUGCACGAGAGCGCCCCCUACGGCGGACACCGCUUCAUCACAGAGAAGUCAGUUUUCGCCAAGUGGGCCAAGAGCCACUCCAUCAAGUUCUUCAACCCUACGUGGCAGCUGUCGUGACCCCGGCCGACCCCAAUGAGCACGAGAAAACCCGCACUACAACAAACACACACAUCGGUUUUCAGAUUUCUCCCCAUUUCUGUCAUUUUGCUCCCAUUUGGUUCUUCAGAAUUAGGUGAAAUCUGAAGACUAAACGUGGACGUGCAUCUUUCAUACCUUUGGCUUCUUGGAUUGUACGUUUUCAGCAGACGAAUGUGGAACGCUCCCUGCUCUGCACUGGCAGAACCAAACAUUUGUGGCUCUGUGAGUCCAGCAAAGAACGCCUUGAGAGGAAAAGACGUUAUCUGGUGUUAACUCGUUUUGGAUUUGGGGGGGAAGAACUCCAACCGGACGAUUUGUGUCGGCUUGGACGUCUCGUCAGCUUCUCUGCUGUUUCGCCUCCUGUCAGGUUGUAAUUAAUCUGUAACAAGCUUCGUUCAGGCUUUCAUCUACUGAAGGCAGAUGCUCUGUCAGCUUCAAUUUGCAUCGAUCCGUUUAAAAAAAUCUUCAGCAAACAAGAUUGUCUCACAAAGCGAUCAAAAAUCAGGUUGUAGGUAAAACUGGUGAUGUAAAUCGGCUUCGUUGUGUUUCAACCUGAAGAUGUCGGCUCCUUUUUCGUGCUUUAAUCCAGAGAAGCUAAAUUUCAUUGUGGCUUUGGUUUUAGUCUCUGGAGGGUUUGCUGAUUUACUGUGCCAGUGACAAUGUAAGCAGCACAGCACAGAGAGCGAGGUGCAAUUAGAGAGUCCAUCUCUCUGGAAGCAGUUUGGGCCCCUACAGAGGAGGAGAUUUAUGUGUGCAGUGAAACCAUUUGAAGUUAAUUGUAUCCCAUUAUCAUUUCGUGCCUGCAAUAUACUUUGCAGUUCAUUGUAUAGACAAAGAAGAAGAUGCAUUUGCUCUCUUCCUCUCAUCUUCUCAUCCAGCUUUGUGCCUCUUUGUGUAACACAUUGCCGUGUGGUCUUUAUCCCGUUUGUCAUGGGUGCAGCGCGCUCGUCUCUCGCUCAGUAACGUCUCAUCGCAUCUGUUACAGGACGGUGAGGAACAACCAGUGGGUCUCUGCUGGGGCCUGUGGGACCAGCGAUGACAACUGAAAAGUGUCAAAGACUUCUAGUUUAGGCAAACAGUGAGAUACUUGCUGCAGCGUAAGCAGACAGGAUUGUCGUGGUUUGCAGGUCGGCUGUAGUAACAUGUGAAAACUGGGCUAAAAGUUUGGAACAAAAUGUGCAUUUAGAGCUGCUGGACAAAAUCACUAAAAUAAUGUAUAAUGCUUAGCGAAUAAGGACCAAAAGUGACACAAUUUAGUACACAAGUACACUGCUUUUUACGGCUUUUUUAAACCAUAAUCAUCAAAACUGCAAGAACUACAGGCUGAAAUACUCAAAGGGAGUGUUCACACCUGAUAGUCUGGUAGAUUCGGUCAGACUGGAGCCCAAAAUUGCAACAUUUGUUACAUUUUCAGAUGCUGUGGCUCGCUUUCACACUCCAACAAUCAAAAUGAUUGAAAAACCUGUUCCCCUCCUCGCCUGUGGGGGCGCUACACCAAUAACCACUGAAGUAAAAAAUACAAA